UUCCUUUUGCGCAAGCGCGGCUCCGCCCGCUCCCGCCAUUCUGCUCCGAAGUUCUGGGCGUGGUCUUCAUUGCUCUCGCUCCAAAGGUCUAGGGAUGGGGUUCUGAAUCCCUGGUUGAUGCGAGCUAACAUGUAGGGUGGUUUGAGCGGAAGAAUCUAGGACCAAGCCAGGCCAGUUCUUCCAUGACUUCAUUCCUUUGACCUUCUCUUCAAGGGAUGCUUUCAGAAUUCUGUGUGUAUUUCCUAGAGUAGGAAAAGAUGAACAAAUCUCUGAGUGCCUUUCCAUAUAGCUUGCUUUGGAAAAUGAACACUGUCAUCGUUAUUUUCUGGUCACGUGAACUGGAAUAAAUCCAGGCUCUGCAGCUUACUGGAUGUUUGAAAGACAUUCUUCUUGUGCCAGAAGCAUUGACAUCACCAGAACUGUUGACGUUCAAGGAUGUGACCAUAGAAUUUUCUCCAGAAGAGUGGGCAUGCCUGAACCCUACUCAGCGGAAUUUAUAUAGGGAUGUGAUGUUAGAGAAUUACAGAAACCUGUUCACCCUGGGUCUUGCUGUGUCUAAGCCAGACCUGAUCACCUGUUUGGAGCAAAGAAAAGAGCCCUGGAAUGUGAAGAGACAUGCAGCAGUAGCAGAACAGUCAGCUGUAUCUUCUUAUUCCAGCCUAGACCAUUUGUCAGAAGAAAGCAUAAAUAUUUCAUUUCCAAAUGUGAUAGUGAGAAAAUAUGGAACCUGUGGCCUUGAGCAUUUAAACUUAAUGAAAGUCUGGGAAAGUAUGGGUGAGUAUGAGGAGCAGAAAGGUUCUUAUAAUGGACUUAAUAAAUGUUCAGCUACUAUGCAUAGCAAAAUCUUUCUAUGUAAAAAAUAUUUGGAAGUCUUCAAAAAAUUGUUAAAUAAACAUAAGAUAAGACAUACUAUAGAAAAAUCUUUUAAAUGUAAAGAAUGUGGGGAAGCCUUUUACCAGUGUUCACACAUUAGUGAAAAUAAAAGAAUUCAUACUGGAGAGGAACCCUACAAAUGUGAAGAAUGUGGCAAAACUUUUAACCAUUGUGCUAGCCUUUAUAGACAUAAGAGAAUUCAUACUGGAGAGAAACCCUACAAAUGUAAAGAAUGUGGCAAAGCUUUUAACUGCUCUUCAUACCUUAAGCAGCAUAAGAGAAUUCAUUCUGGAGAGAAACCCUACAAAUGUGUAGCAUGUGGAAAAGCUUUCAACUCAUGCUCAUACCUUACUAAGCAUAAGAGAACCCAUACUGGAGAGAAGCUUUACAAAUGCAAAGAAUGUGGCAAAGGCUUUAAUCGGUGGUCAUACUUCACUGACCAUAAGAUAAUACAUACUGCUGGAGAGAGACCUUACAAAUGUAGUGAAUGUACCAAAUCUUUUAACCGUUUUUCAUACCUUAUGAAGCAUAAGAGAAUUCAUACUGGAGAGAAACCCUAUAAAUGUGAAGAAUGUGAUAAAACUUUUUACUAUACCUCAAGCCUUAAUAUACAUAAGAGAAUUCAUACUGGAGAGAAAACCCAUAGAUGUGAAGAAUGUGGCAAAACCUUUAACAAUUAUGCAUGCCUUUCUGUACAUAAAACAGUUCAUACUGGACAACACCCCUACAAAUGUAAAGAAUGUGGCAAAACAUUUAACUAUGGCUCAAGCCUUCAGACACAUGAGAGAAUUCAUACUGGAGAAAAACCCUACAAAUGUGAAGAAUGUGGGAAAGCUUUUAACUCAUGCUCAUACUUUACUAAGCAUAAGAGGAUUCAUACUACAGAGAAAUUCUACAAAUGUGGAGAAUGUGAUAAAACAUUUAAGUGUAGCUCAAGCCUUCGUAGACAUAAGAGAAUUCAUACUGGAGAGAAACCCUACAAAUGUAAAGAAUGUGGCAAAACUUUUAACUAUAGUUCAAGCCUUCAAACACAUGAGAGAAUUCAUACUGGAGAGAAACCCUACAAAUGUAAAGAAUGUGGCAAAGCUUUUAACUGCUCUUCAUACCUUAAGCAGCAUAUGAGAAUUCAUAGUGGAGAAAAACCCUACAAAUGUGAAGAAUGUGGGAAAAGCUUUAACUGGUGCUCAGACCUAACUAAACAUAAGAGAAUUCAUUCUGGAGAGAAACCUUACAAAUGUGAAGAAUGUGGCAAAACCUUUAACUGGUGCUCAGACCUAACUAAACAUAAGAGAAUUCAUUCUGGGGAGAAACCUUAAAAAUUGACAAAUGUGGACAAAGCCUUUAAUCUGUGUGGUUACCUUCCUAAGCAUAAGAUACAUAUACUGAAGAGAACAUUUACCAAUGUGAAGAAUGUGGCAAAGCCUUUAUCCAACACUAUUACCAUACUAUAUGUGAAAGAAUCUAUCCCUGAGCAAAAUGCUACAAAUGUAAAGAAAGUAUAAAAGCCCUUAAUAAGUGUUCAUAUACUACUUGAGAGAGUCAUAUUGGGUAACAGUGGUAUAAAUGAAACUAUCAAAAUACCUUUCAGAAGACAAACAUCUUAGCAUGCACUAGGGUAUUCAUACUGAGAAAAAAAACUAUAAAGAGUAGUGCAAAUUACUUCUGUCAAACGUUUUAUUUUUAAAAAGCACAGGAUAAAUCAUACUGGAAUGAAACUCUCCAUCAAUUGCUCUUUAAUAAAAAAAAAUUCAGAGUAUUUGGAUUGGAGAAAAAAAUGCUAUAAAUAUAUAAAUACAGACAAAAUGUUCAAAAAAACCUUAGGAAACACUAGAUUUUAUAUUAAAAGGUAUUUUAGAGAUACCAUAAUUUGAAGAAAUAUUUAAUCAAAGAAUCAGCUCUAAGUCAACUUCAUAGGAUUCACAGUAGAAAGCAAUAAGGCACUGAGAGUUUCAGACAUUACUCUAAAGUAGAGCACUGAAUGUACAGAAUAAUCCAAAAUUAAAGAUAAUUUAGGUAAUUUUUGCGCAUGUAUGUAUAAAAGGAACUGGAGAUUAAUUUUAUAGCAAAUUUUAAUUAUACAUUCAUUGUAUCCUAUUAUGCCUUAAACAUUUGUAAAUUUUCUUAAAAAUUAAAUAUUGAUGUAAAUCAACUAUGAAAUUACUUGAUGCUGUACCUUUAUUUUUAGAGUUUUUGUAUUUAUUUGUGUGGCCAAUUGUUUAUCAAAACUAUGAAAGGUCCUUCUAAAUUAGGUAAGCAGCAUACAUAUCCUCUUCCAAGGAAUAUGAAGGAUAUGGAAAUGUAAGAUAUGUGUAGAAAGUAUAACUGGAAAGGCUGUUCGUGAUUUGACUUACAAGAAUAUUGUGAGACUCGGCACCCAUAGCACAGUGGUUAUGGUGUCAGACACAUGCCAAGUCUGGCUGGUUCGAACCUGGCUUGGGUCAGCUAAACAAUGACACGUUCAACAACAACAAAAUAGCUGGGCAUCGUGGUGAGCACCUGUAUUCCUAGCUACUUGGGAGGCUGAGUCAUGAGAAUCACUUAAGCUCAAGAGGGUAAGGUUGCUGUGAGCUGUGACGCCAUGGCACUCUACCAAGGUGACAUAGUGACACUGUCUCAAAAAAAAGUAAAUCAAUAAAAUAAAUAAAAUUUAACAAAAAAAGAAUAUUGUAAAUGAUGUCAAAGGUAGUUAUUCAGAGUAAUAUUCUUUUCCAUUAUACUUAGAAGCUCUUUGAAUUUUAGAAAUAAGUUGUUUUACCAAUUUAAGGUAAUAAAAUACAGUGAAUUUUGAAAUGCCUUAUGAGGGAAUAUGUAAAUUUAAUUUUUUUAAAUAAACCAAAAUUGUGUUUAGUGUGUAAAGAGUGAUGUGCAAAAAUUAAGUGUUAUCUUGCCACCAACAUUAACCUGUCCCACAUUAUUCAAGAUUGUUGGUAAAAGACGAUAGCAGUGUACUAUUGGAUAACUUAGUGGAAUAACAGUUUUAAUGGCGUUUAUUCCAAUGAGUAUUAAACUUCAAAUGUUUGAAGAAUAUCAUUUCUAUAGGUUAUAUUUUUAAUAUUUAGCUACAUGGUCAUUAUGAUGGUAAUGAUGAAGAAUAUAUAGGGGUAUAACCAAAAGCCAUACACUUCUGAGUGCUGGGUAACUGUUUACAAAAUUUCAUUCUACAUUUUUCCAUGUACACAUGACCUCUGAAUUGAAAACACGUAUUUUUGUUUUCGAUGUACAUGGAGCAAAAUAAAAAAGUAUAUCACCUUAAAGAUAAACUUUAUUUGUAAAAGGAUUAUGGCGAACAUGAUUGUGUUUGUGUCAGUGUGUACCUAUAUUGAGAAGAA